UUUUGACAGUUGAACUCGGAAACUCUCAAACAAAAACCAGAAAACCGUAGAAAAAGCCACGAACAAAGCAUCGAAAAGUGUUGAAACCUAAGAAUAAGUGCACGAAUGACUACUGCAACGAAAAUUCAGUGGUUUCCCCGCAGAUUGAACAUCUCCAAUACCAUCAAAAUCUCCGGAACGACCCAAAAUCCCUUAAGAACCUCAAAAUUUUCCCAAAAAAUCGGAAUUCAAAUGGAAAAACCCGAGAAUCUCCUCAGAAAAUAGAGGAGGAUUUCCGCAAGAAUGUCGAACGACGACAGAAAGGCUGGAGCCCUCAGGAGGCUGAAGGAAUUGAAAACCACGAAGGGAAAGAGAGCCGUUGGAACGGAGGAGGCGAUAACAAUUCUCAAGGAUGAGGCAGCGACGAGAGGCCUCGAGACUGAAGACAUUGAGUCCAUCGUGGACGUGAUAGCGAGCACCGAUUUGCGAGCUGGGCUCUGCGUGCCCCUCAUCCACUGCCUCAUCCCCAGGAAGAAGAUCCCUGAGAAGAUCGUGGAGAGUGUGAUAAAUUUCUGGCUCCACAAGUGGAAUGAUCUUCCAAUUACUGUCGCCAGUACUGUCCUUCAGUGGUUGACGGGACUCUGGGAGUACCAGCUGGUGGACAGGCAGACUAUCAACGUGUACUACGACUGCUUCUUCCAUAAUAUGUUGAAGAAGGAGCGAUUGGAAUCCCCGACAGCAAAGCUCGUCUACCUCCUCACAAAACCAGAAGACGUGACUCGUCGUCAGGUGACUCGUCUGCUGCGCCUCCAGGACAAGUACACGAAGCCCCCGAAGCACCUGUCAGCCCUCCUCUCCCUCUUCAAGUCCUACAAGCCCGAGCUAGUCCCAGAGAAGAUCCCCUCUCUCAACCUCGAAAGUGUCUGGAAGCCCAUCCCCGAGGUCUUUCGCCUAGGCUUCGAGGACGCCAAGAGCAGGAGCUCCCAGACCGUCGUCCAGGGCCAAGAGCACUUCGACUGGAACCCGAUGAAGCUCUCGAAGGGCAAGACGACAGAGCAACUACUCCCCUCCAUCAGAUACUUCCAGAUGGGCUCCAGCAUAUAUCGGGACAAAACGACAAAAUCCAUCUUCGAUCUGAGCAAUAUCGUCGAUGUGGGGAGGUACUACUUUAGUGUGGAGUUGCCAACAAAUGCCACUUCUUUACUGGCGAAUACUGCCGGCUACCACUUCCUGACCUUCGCCAACUUCGAGUACCAGAGCAGAUUUUCGCAUAAUCUUUAUAACACUCUGAGGUGGGCUUUCAUCCUGGAGUGCAGCAGGUUCUCGAAGGCUCAGAAGACUCAACUGCUGGAGAUGACGAUCGAGUUCUGCAGGUACAUGCAGCAGGGGAAUCCCGUGGUCCUCCGCUUCCUCCUGGAGUACCUCCCCUACGAGUCCGCCGAGUACCGCCCCCACCUCCUCGGCCUCCUCGAGUGGUGCACGCAGAUCAGCGUGACAGACCUGCAGGAGAACCUCGCCCCCCACCUCGAGGAGAUCUUCCUCGAGUCCAGCCUCCCCCAAAGAUGUCAGAUAAUUCGCUCCCUGCGUAAGUUCCUCCGCAACAUCUUCGUCAACCAGAACUUCGGGAUUGGUGAGGUCCAGUCUUCGCCCUUCCUGGGGCAGAAACCGACGAGCGAACUGACAGAUCUCCUCCCCCCCACCCUCGCCAUCGCCGAGAACCUCAUCCUCAGGGGGUUGAACGCCUCCUGCAACGAUCUUCUGAUCCUCAACGAAGCCCUAGGGUUCUACGAGGAGGUCCACAUGCUCGUAGAGUCCUCCGAGACUCCGGGCCUCAUCCUGGCGCCUCCAGCCGUGAUUUAUGGGACCUUCUGCAGCAGAAGUUGUGCUCUGAUCUCCAAAGUCUGUGGAUUACUGCUGAAGUACAGAGAAACUUGCAUGGAACUCAUGAGGAUGGGGGUCAGGGGAGAGUUUGCAGAGGAGGUGGAGAGGCUCUUGGGGUAUGGCAACGACCUGGGGAACGCUCUGUGGAACUCGAGGGUCUUCUCGGGGAGGCGUGGGGGGUUCUUCCGCGGGAUGGCUGAGGGAAUCGAGGAGCUGCUGCCUGAGGAUGCUGAUGGGAGACACGACAUCAUGAGGCAUAUUGCUUUUCUUCCUUAUAUUUAUACACUGGGGCAGACUGGGCUGGACAUCUCGAGUAAGGAGGCUGCCUUGGUGAUGGCUCAGCAGUAUUUUCCAAAUAUCAGUGAGUUUAUCGAACAGUUUGAUCAGCCUUUCGAGUGACGGGAAAGAGGGAUAAUGAUGGGAGAGGGAAGAGCAUGUGGAGGAAAAGUGGAGAUUUUAAUGGCUUCGAAGAAAAUGUCGAGUCCUCUUUCUGCAUCUCAGAAAAUUCUCCAAUAAAAAUUUCCUUUCUCAUUUUACCUCCGCCCAAUAUUCGCUUGGUAAUUCAAUUCUCAACAGAUUGAAAUUGAGAAUCAGUGGGUUUCGGUAUUAUUAGUUUUCUAAGAAUAUUUUUAAGAUGUUGAAGGUUUAAAGACAGCUCUAUUAGAGUAAUUGUAUUUUCAUUUUUUUUUACAUGAAUAACUUAAAAUUUCCGUAUCGAGAGGAAAAAUGUGUGAAUUCUCUUGAUCUGUGAAUAAAUGAACGAAAUAAUUUGAUAAUAA